AUGCUUAUUUCAACUGUCCCAAGUCCACCCAAUCCCGAAAUUCCUGAACCGCUCACCCCUUUGUUUUUGUUUAUCUUACGACUUCAUUUCCAUCGAAAGAAGACAGUCAAUCCAAUCGAGACUCCUCCAAACUAUUGCAACACAACAUCACUUUUUGGAGAUUCUGAAGGUUAUGUCAUUGUUGGCUGUUACCUAUAUCUUUAUGGUGCGGUCAAAAGUUCAGCGCUAUAG